AUGUUGCUGUGCGUGUCACUGUGCGCUGCUGCAGGCGUGGAUCUGGCCCUGGAGAAGUCGUGUCCCUUCAGCGAGAUCCCAGCCUGCCGUGAGCGGACCCCUCCAGCCCCCUCCACCACGGGCCCGCCUUCCCCUGACCGCUCCCGGUCCCCGCCUUGCCCUGACCGCUCCCGGUCCCCGCCUUGCCCUGACCGCUCCCGGUCCCCGCCUUGCCCUGACCGCUCCCGGUCCCCGCCUUGCCCUGACCGCUCCCGGUCCCCGCCUUGCCCUGACCGCUCCCGGUCCCCGCCUUGCCCUGACCGCUCCCGGUCCCCGCCUUGCCCUGACGACACCCAGGGCGCAGCCAACCGUGCCGCUCCUCUGAAGAGGAGGCGCGCCUCCCCUCGGCCCCGGAGCUGCGACCGCAAGCGGCCGGGGAGGUGGGAGCCCCCGCGCCCCUCCCAGGAGAGGAGCGGGGGUGAGACUCGGACCCCCAGACCCCCGGCCCCCUCCCCAGCCCGCGGGGAGGGCCUGAGCGCCCACAGGGUGGCGUCCGAGACCCCCGACCUCCCGCGGCGACAUCCCGCGGGGACCCGGCUUCCCAAACCCCUCGGAGAAAAGCGGGCGGGGCGGGGCGGCGGACGGGGCCUGGAACCCCCGCGGCGUGAGGAAGGGCGGGAAUCGUCCUGGACGCCGACCUCUGACCCCGCGGUGCGGGACGUGAGCCGGUUGAGCCGGGAGGAGAGGGCCCGGGUCCUGCAGGAGGCCGCCAGCGCCCCAGCGCUGGUGCUCACCAUGGUGUACCAGGACGGCAGCACCCAGCUCUGCCCACUGCAGAAGUCCUGCCCCGCAGUGUCCGGUAUCCUGCUCCUGCUGAAGGGGAGCCUGGACGCCGCCGGGCCGGGGGAGGACCCGGGCUCCGGGGACAGCCUGCUCUACCUCAGGCUGGAGCAGCGGCCGGCCUGGGCCCAGCAGAACCAGGAGCUGGAUCAGAACCAGGACCUGUUCGCCCGAGAGAUGGUGCAGCGGGUGGUGUCUGCGGCCCAGGUGGUGGUGUGCUACAAGGCCAAGGACCUGCUCCGCACGCUGCUGCAGCACUUCAGAGGGGCCCUCAGCUGGAAGCAAGUGGCCCGGUGCCGGAUCCUGGACCCUCAGAUUGCUGCCUGGCUGCUGGACCCGGCCGACUCUGCCUCCUGUUUCCAGGACCUGGUUACCAAACACUGCGGGACAGCAGCCAAGCCCCCGCCGCAGCCCCCAGGACCCCGCAAGGCCUCCAGUCCGAGCACAAGCCUCCCCCUGCUCUACCAGCUCAUGACGGAUCUGCGCUCCAACCUACAGACACGGGGGCUGUGGGAUCUCUUCUCCAGCGUGGAGAUCAGCAUGAUUCCCGUGCUGGCAGUUAUGGAGAGCCAUCGCAUCCGCGUGGACACGGAGGCUCUGAAGAGGACCUCGGAAAUGCUGGGGGCGAAGCUGAAGCAGUUGGAGCAGGACGCCCAUAAGGCCGCAGGGCAGCAGUUCCUGGUGUCCAGUAGCGCUCAGCUCCGAUUGGUUCUGUUUGAGAAGCUGCGUCUUCAGGAGCGCUGUGAGAGCAAGAAACUGCCCAAAACCCUGCUCAAGCAGCACCAGUCUACGUCUGAGGCAGCGCUCCUGCAGCUCCAGGACCUCCACCCGCUGCCCAAGAUCAUCCUGGAGUACAGACAGGUUCACAAGAUAAAGUCGACCUUCGUUGACGGGAUCCUGUCGUGCGUGAAGAAGACGUGCGUCUCCCCCACCUGGAACCAGACCAGCGCCGUCAGCGGGCGGCUGUCCGCCAAGCAGCCCAAUUUCCAAGCCCUUCCCAGACAGCCUGUUCAGAUCAUAAAGAGGCAGUACAUCCCAGGAAUGCAGCCGGAGGUGGUAAUGGUUCAUCCCCGCGACAUGUUCAUUCCCCAGGAGGGCCACACAUUUCUGGCCGCUGACUUCUGUCAGGUGGAGCUGCGCCUCCUGGCUCACCUGACCUCUGACCCUGAGCUGCUGCGGCUCUUCCAGGACCCUGACGCUGACGUCUUCACCGCGCUGGCCUCGCACUGGAAGGGGGUUCCUGAGGACCGGCUGAACCCUGAGGACAGGGAGCAUGCCAAGCGUGUGGUCUACUCUGUGGUCUACGGAGCAGGUAGGGAGCGUCUCUCCGGGAUUCUGGGGGUGAGCACGGAGCAGGCCAGCCGGUUUGUGGACAGCUUCCUGCAGAGGUACAGAGAGGUGCACAGCUUCAUACAGAGGACCGUCCAGCAGUGCCAGAAACAAGGGUACGUGGUGUCGAUAAUGGGGCGGCGGAGGCCUCUGCCUCACAUUCACUCCGCCGACUGGGCCCUCCGGAACCAGGCGGAGCGGCAGGCCGUCAACUUUGUGGUCCAAGGCUCCGCGGCAGACCUCUGCAAGAUGGCCAUGAUCCGCAUCUUCUCCCUGGUGUCCUCCUCCUCCUCCCUCACGCCCAGGCUGUUGGCCCAGAUUCACGACGAGCUGCUCUUCGAGGUGGAAGACUCCCAGCUGGAGGACUUUGCAGCGCUGGUGAAGACCGCCAUGGAGUCGCUGCGGCACAUUGAGUCUCUCGGGGUUCAUCUCAAGGUCCCUCUGAAGGUGGCGGUGUCGAGCGGCGGGUCGUGGGGCUCCAUGUCGGAGCUGCGCCUCCCCCCCGCGCCUCCUCCCCGCCCGGCUCUCUGA